AUGGCCAGUCUCAAACCGGAUCCGCAUACUGCCACAGUCACUGCGAGGCAGCAGCGAGUGCUUGCGUGUGUAUUGUGUCAGCAGCGCAAAGUCAAAUGCGAUCGCCAGUUCCCUUGCGCACACUGUCUCCGCGCUGGCGUUUCUUGCGUGCCAGCUGCCCUGGUGCCCCGUCAGCGCCGCCGCAGGUUUCCAGAGAGGGAUUUGCUCGGGCGUCUGAGACACUACGAAGGCCUUCUCCGCCAGAACAAUGUGGAUUUCCAGCCUUUGCACCCCACUUUUUCUUCCUGUACCAGUGCCGGUGCCAUAUCAGCUGAGCAAGCCUCAUCCACCACUUUGACCACCAGCGACAGGGACCGGGACAUGAGAGCCUCGGACUCUCUAGACGACACACUCUCAGAAAUCUCAUCAAGAGACAACACACCAGUCAAGUCUGAUUCGAAACUUGUAGAUCUUUGGCAUGCCAUAAGCCGUGUAACGAUUAAUUCUGAUGGUGGAUACGAUGACGAGAAUGAGGAUACUGGUGCCACCAGUUCCGAGAAGGUCGGCCAGGGCGGCGUUGGAGAUCGUGUCCAACAGAGCGAGCGAAGCGUGCAUUCCUCGGUCACCAAGAAUGCGUGGGACCGCAAUGAUACGUACCAAAAUGAUCGCUUCAACGACGACGACCAUCUCCUUUUUGGUGUACCAAAGUUACAUCUGCGCUUGUCCACCCUGCAUCCAGAACAAGUGCAAAUCCUCAGGCUCUGGCAAAUUUACCUAGAAAACAUCGAUCCACUGCUCAAGGUCACACACACUCCGACCCUUCAGGCACGUAUCAUUAGUGCCGUCGGCGAUUUAGCAAGCAUUUGUCCUACGCUAGAGUCCCUCAUGUUCAGCGUAUAUUGUGUUGCAAUUAUGUCUCUCACCGACGAGCAAUGUCGUUCCUUUUUUGCAUCACCGAGGAAAGAGCUCCUGGUCUCUGUGAGGCCACAGACGGACCCCCGAUCCUUAUCAUCUACGCUUGCCGUCGCCAUACGCAUCGCACAAAAAUUGGGCAUCAAUGACGAGGCUACAUAUAGUAAUUGCACUGCUUUUGAUGCUGAGAUGCGAAGGCGCCUCUGGUGGUCCCUAGUUACUUUCGACCACCGCUUGUGCGAAAUGACCGAGUACAAAACCACUUCUUUGACGCCUAUUUGGCAUUGUAAGAAGCCCCUUAAUGUGAACGACUUUGAACUGCGGCCAGAAAUGAAGAGCUCGCCGCCAAUCCAUGAAAACCCCACCGAGGCGCUUUUUGUUUUUGUUCGCAGCGAGCUGGCAGACUUUGUACGCCACACUGCUUUCCACAUCAACUUUAUCAACCCAUGUUUGAAUGUUAUCGCGAAACCAAGGCAUGGCCCUGCUCCAGACGGUGAGGAGCUGACAGUCCUGGAGAGGAAUAUCGAGGACAAGUACAUCAACUCUUGUGAUCCAGAAAUUCCGCUCCACUUCAUGACAAUCUGGACUACGCGCGCCUACCUGGCGAGAACUCGCCUGCUGGAGCACUAUUCAAGGCUUUCAACAUCAUCUGCGCAGCAGACGGAAUCGCAGCGCAGCGCAGCUGUUUCGCACGCGCUGAGAAUGCUCGAAUGCGAAACCAAACUCAGGACCUCGCCGCUAACCAAAGGUUUCCUCUGGCACGUGGACUCAAACGUCCCUGCCCUCGCGUACGUGCACAUCCUCAACGUCCUCGAGAAGCGCCCCGAUGAGGAACAUGCCGAGAAUGCAUGGGAAACCCUGAGCGACAACUACGAUGCCCGCGCCACGCAUUGUAAACCCGGCGAGUAUGGCAUCUCUGAUGUCUUCUCCCGGGUCGUGCUGCAGGCGUGGGCCGCACGCGAAGCCCUCUGCAAGGAGCAGGGCAGGCCGAUCCAGCCACCGCGGAUCGUCUCGAUGGUUCAAAACAUGGCAAAUAAGCCAUUCUUGAUCCCUUCACCACAGGAAGUGGACCCCGGCCAGCCCGGCUUUAGGCCCACGGGCAUCGCUGUCGGCGGGUCUCAGCUGCCUGUACCUCUGCCUGUGAACUUCGACGGCCAGGGGCCGCAAGAGCGAUUUCUCUCCGAUCCAGGGCUUGGGUCGUAUCCGGAGAUACCUGAACAAGCUACGAGGCAAGUUGUUAUGGAUCAAUUUCUGAACCCGAUGGACUGGAGGUGGAUGCAUCCGCGAGGUUGGUGA